AUGGUGAACACAGGAAAGCCUUCGGGCGGCUGCAAGCUGUGCAGAGCCCGGAGAAUCAAGUGCGAUGAGGGGAAGCCAUUCUGCAUGAGAUGCAAAAAAUCGCGACGGCAAUGUCCUGGUUACCGAGAUCCGUUCGAGGCCAAUAUCCGCGACGAAACACAAGCGACCAUCAAGAGAUUUAAAAAGUCGAGAGGCGAAGAGAGUUCCGACGAGGAAGGCAAGGAAAUUGCGCCAGUCUGCAACAAGCAGUGCUUAAAGACGGUUGCUGGUCCCAAAUACAAGACGUUCGAUUACUCGAAUCCAUCGGCUUUUCCAUACCACAACGAUGAUGAUAACACGACCGAAGAAGACGGAGACAUUCCGGCAUCUGUGUUUAACUCACUGGAUGAGCAAGCCUCUUGCUACUUUCUCUCGGAAUUCACCAUUGUCCCGUUCACACCCACGGCCCGAGGAUAUUACCGUUUCCUCCCACGCUUCUUGGGCGGAACGAAUGUAUCAAAAUGCCUCUCUCAAGCUUACAAGGCAGUCUCUCUGGCCUCGCUGGCCAGUCUCCGUACGGUGAAUGCCAGUUCUGCUUUGUUUCAUGCACAAGGUCACUAUCUGCGGGCGGUCCGGGCUGUCACCAAAGCCAUCAUGGACCCUACAGAGGUGCUGAAUGAUCAAACUUUGGGAGCUGUGCUGAUGCUGGCAUUCUACGAGAUUUUGACGUCUUCUCGGGACUCUAUCGCCGAGUAUACUAACCAUAUGAAGGGUGCGGCAAUCAUUGUCAAACUCAGGGGUCAAAAGGGUCUCGAAACACCCGAAGGCGAAGAGAUGUUUGCAAUUACCCGAAAUCAGUGCCUCUCUAUUCACUGUCUUCCCAACUCCCCCGAAGUAUCUGAAUUCACGUGGCUUCUGCACCACGAAUGCCGUGGCCGGAUGCAGCACGCUAUCGCGAGCAUGGAUAUCCAGAGCAGUCAAAUUAGACAAGACGUUGAUCGAAUUCUCGGAGCGGGGGACCGGAAGCCGGAGACGAUUCAGAAGGUGCUCGAUGCCCUCAAGCGUGCUCAAGCACUGGAGGCCAAAUUUCGCAAGCUCAACAACGAUCCCAGCCCGCAGUGGAAGGUCGACACGGUGGAGUGGGUGAUGGAGCGAUCCGACAAUGAGCUCGACACGGCCCAGACUUUUGCUGGGCCCGUGUACGGAUUCUUCAACUUGCCUCUCGCGAUCCUUCACGUGGCCACCUGGUGCUGCCAUCUGAUGCUAACCACCACCAUUCUGCGGUGCAUGGCCUGGCUCGUGUCUCCCGACGACUACCGAAUGGGCGAGGAGUACGAGGAACUCAAACGCUCGGCCAUCUUGCGUAUCGAAGACACCAUUGCUUCGACCCCUUUCUUUUGCAGGUGGAACGGCUAUGGCGUGGUCGUGUCUCAGUUCCCGUGCGGCAACACCAGGCCAGAUGACCCUUUGAAGGGUGCCGCUGGCCUGAUGGUUUUGUGGCCCAUGGUCACGGCUUGCAGCAGCGACUUUGCGACUCCCAGACAGAGGCGUUUCCUAAGAGGCCGCCUCAAGUAUUUGGCCGAGGUCGCGGGGAUCAGGCAAGCCAACAUUUUCUACAACAUGCACGACAUAUCAUCUCCAUCCCGAGAGAUCGAGCGAGAUCGCAGGUCCGGUGUCCACUCGUCUUCUGGUGCUGACAACUUGCUGAGCAUGCCCUUCUGA